AUGCCUCGAAACGUUUGCGUAACCGCCGCCGAUGGCCAAACCGGCCACCUCAUCGCAGAGCUCCUCCUCACCCAGCCAUUCUCAGACAAAGUCGACUCCGUGACGGCCCUGGCACUAGAUCCAGAGUCGCCCAGGGCCAAGGCUCUCGCUCACCUAGGCGCCACCGUCGAGUCCAAGUGCGACACGUUGUGCCUCGUGCCACCGGCGCACGAGGACAAGUUUGACAUCGCGAGGGAGCUCAUCGUUGCAGCUAAGGAGGCAGACGUGCAAAACACUCUACUUAUUAGUGCGGCGGGAUGCGAGUAUGCGGACCCCGCAAAGCAGCCCCGGCUGAGGGAGUUUAUCGAUCUCGAGUGCUUGUUCAUGGAGAGCAAGGGCGACAUGGAUACGGCCGUGGGGCACUCCCCAUGCAUCAUCCGGUAUGCCUUGCUAUGUCCGAAGCUCUGCGAUGGCGACGAGCUGGCGACGGCGGCCAGCCAGACACUCGGCAUCGAUUUAAAAUAUGACGAGAUUUCUCCAUCGGAAGCCAAAAAGGUGCUCAAAGCACAAUCCGAAAGCGAUGCAUCGGAGCAAGAGUAUCUCCUCGAGUAUUACACGCUCGUGCGAGAAGGCAAGACGAACUACAUCUCGACCAACGCCUUCCACGACGUAACGGGCGCCCACCCAACGGAGCCCGAGGAAUUUUUCAAGAUCUACAAGAAUGAAUUCAAGCCGGCCAAGAGAGCCAAACACAACCAUCACUAA